AGCGAAAGUACUUUCGCCUGUGGUGGACAGAUUCCGGUGAUCCUCGGUCCAACGACUGGUUUUGAAAACGAGAAAAGCGAUGUCGAAUCUCAAAUCUUCGAUCAAGUCAUCAUGACCAAGCCCGUUACAAUACGUUAUGGAGCACCUGGUCAAGGUCAGACUCUGAGGCUUCCAACCAAAACAACCAAGGAUCCCGGGUUCCUCAAUUUGAUUAGCACAUGUGAGCCAGCUACCUUUGGCCGUGAAGGUCGGGACGUAUAUGACGAACAGUAUCGCAAGGCGACCAAGUUGGACACCUCGGACUUUUGCACAGAUUUUUGUCCUUACGAGACUGGGAUCAUUGACAUUGUAUCGCAACUUCUCAUGCCCUCCAUCAAGCGCAAGAUCAACAUAGGUAUCAGAGCUGAACUGUACAAGCUCAAUAUCUACAGCGGGCCUUCUGGAAAGUUCAAGGCGCAUGUGGAUACCCCCAGGAGUGAAACGCAGGUUGGCAGCCUUGUUUUAUGUCUGCCAUCUGAAUUUGACUGGUCGCCGUGUUCUCAGGCUGACCAGACACCUUGCAUCCAAUGGGCAGCGUUCUAUUCUGAUUGCUCUCACGAGGUGCAAGAAGUCACCGCUGGCCACCGUGUCACAUUGACAUACAACCUCUAUGCGUCACGCGGUAGUGGCUUGCUCGCUGGCCAAAAGACUAGCAUGGAUGCUACGUGCCUUCCGGUGUACCGACCUCUCAUCGACCUGCUCAGAUCUCAUACUUUCAUGAAUGAGGGUGGCUUCAUGGCGAUAGGCCUUGCACAUGCAUAUCCUUACACGCACGCCCUUCUACACAAGAACAUGCCUGCAGCGCUCAAAGGAGCAGACAUGAUGCUGUAUGAAGCUCUACUGGCAUUGAAUCUGAGGACUGAGCUCAUACGAGUGAUGGAU